UGGGCAGACAGACGAUAACAGGCACGGCAGGAGAGGACUGAAAGCACAAAGGGAAAAGCAGAGGACACAAAACAUCUGCAGCCGUGAUGGAGCUCUACCUCGACCUCGUCUCACAGCCCUGCCGCUCUGUCUUCCUGUUCGCCAAAGCCGUCGGGAUUCCCUUCCAGUUUAAGCGUGUGGAGCUCGCUGCAGGUCAGCAGUACAGCGAGGACUUCGGCAAAGUCAGCGUGAUCAGGAAGGUUCCUGUCAUGAAGGAUGGAAGCUUCGUCCUGACAGAAAGCGUCGCCAUUCUACAGUACUUGGUGCAGAAACAUCGGCCGUCAGUGGCAGAUCACUGGUACCCGGCUGACCUGCAGCAGCGAGCGCGGGUUAAUGAAUACCUGUCCUGGCAGCACAUGAACCUGAGAACUCACGGGUCAAAGGUCUUCCUGCUCAGGGCCAUGUUUCCUCUCAUCAUGGGCUCUGAGGUGCCAAAAGACAAGAUGGACGCCGCUCUCGAGGAUCUGACGCAGUCGCUCGACCUUCUGGAGGAGAAAUUCCUGCAGAACAAACCGUUCAUCAUCGGAGACAAACUCUCUCUGGCUGAUCUGGUGGCUGUGGUCGAGAUCAUGCAGCCUGUGGGAUGCGGCCUGGACGCGUUCGAGGGCCGAGUGAAGCUGAUCGCCUGGAGGGAGCGGGUGAAGAAGGAGCUCGGGGAGAAGCUGUUUGACGAAGCCCACGAGUCCAUCAUGGCCGUGAGCAGCCUGCCGCAGACGAUGCAGAGCAACACACAGCUGGCGAUGCUCAUACCCAAGUUUCAGAAGCUUUUCAAAUGAGACUGAGUCUCAACAGCAUCAGAUUUGAUAAUUUCCACGUUUGUGAAGAUUUUUUUCCAUCAGCAGAAAAAAGUACUGAGAAACCAUUUUUGCCAACUCUCAGGUACUUAAAGAUUUACAUGCAAUAAAAUCUACAGUUUUUAUAUAAUUGGAAACUAUGGAACUUUGCAA